GGGGCAUGCAUGGUCUCUCUUCUGUUCUGAACGCGCCAGUCGUCGUCCUUCAAUAUCUCUUUGUUUACGAUUAGGGCUUGCAGACAGUGAGAGAGAGAGAGAGGGAAAUCGAAAUUGGCCUGAUAGCGAUCGUCGUUGAGGUUGAAAGAAGGACUUUGUCUCGGGUAGCAGAAGCCACAGACAUCACAAUGGAAUUGGCAGACAAGGCCGUUGGGUUUCUGUUAUCCUAUAUCAGUUUAUCUAUAUUCACUUAUUACACAUUUUGGGUCAUAAUCCUGCCGUUUGUAAACAGUGAUCACUUUAUCCACCGGUAUUUCCUGCCCCAAGAAUAUGCCAUAUUAAUACCUGUGUUUGCUGGCAUGGUGCUUCUGUGCUUCUUAUGCAUUUUCAUUGGAUAUGUGAUGCUCAAAUCCAAAAAGAAGAAAGCAUGAUACAAAGGAUUGUGAUCGCGCAAGGGUGAGCUUUUCUUUCGAGGUGAAUCAGAGUAUAGAUUUUUAUAGUCAUUUUCUGAAAUGGAGCAGAUUACAUUACUUGUUUGUCUGUAUCAUUUCUAAUUCACCUUUCUACCCUUUUUUGUUUCUUUUAUCUCCAUAAUUGUGAUUAAGUGUUCAUUUGACAUUCAGAUAUGUGAUAGUUCUUCCAUAUUUCUAA